AUGACUGCUGGAUUCUCAGUUGCUCCUUGCCCUUCUUGCCUCCUCCUUGCCUCCUAUUCCCCAUGCUCAUCCUUUCCCUUCCUCCCGCUUCCCUCACCACCUCCCUCCCCUGCUCUCCCUCCAUCAUCUCCCUCUCCUGCUCUCCCUCCAUCAUCUCCCUCCCCUGAUCUCCCUCCAUCAUCUCCCUCCCCUGCUCUCCCUCCAUCAUCUCCCUCCCCUGCUCUCCCUCCAUCAUCUCCCUCCCCUGCUCUCCCUCCAUCAUCUCCCUCUCCUGCUCUCCCUCCAUCAUCUCCCUCCCCUGCUCUCCCUCCAUCAUCUCCCUCCCCUGCUCUCCCUCCAUCAUCUCCCUCCCCUGCUCUCCCUCCAUCAUCUCCCUCUCCUGCUCUCCCUCCAUCAUCUCCCUCCCCUGCUCUCCCUCCAUCAUCUCCCUCCCCUGCUCUCCCUCCAUCAUCUCCCUCCCCUGCUCUCCCUCCAUCAUCUCCCUCUCCUGCUCUCCCUCCAUCAUCUCCCUCCCCUGCUCUCCCUCCAUCAUCUCCCUCUCCUGCUCUCCCUCCAUCAUCUCCCUCCCCUGCUCUCCCUCCAUCACCUCCCUCCCCUGCUCUCCCUCCAUCAUCUCCCUCCCCUGCUCUCCCUCCAUCAUCUCCCUCCCCUGCUCUCCCUCCAUCACCUCCCUCCCCUGCUCUCCCUCCAUCAUCUCCCUCUCCUGCUCUCCCUCCAUCAUCUCCCUCUCCUGCUCUCCCUCCAUCAUCUCCCUCCCCUGCUCUCCCUCCAUCAUCUCCCUCUCCUGCUCUCCCUCCAUCAUCUCCCUCCCCUGCUCUCCCUCCAUCAUCUCCCUCCCCUGCUCUCCCUCCAUCAUCUCCCUCUCCUGCUCUCCCUCCAUCAUCUCCCUCCCCUGCUCUCCCUCCAUCAUCCCCCUCCCCUGCUCUCCCUCCAUCAUCUCCCUCCCCUGCUCUCCCGCCAUCACCUCCCUCCCCUGCUCUCCCUCCAUCAUCUCCCUCUCCUGCUCUCCCUCCAUCAUCUCCCUCCCCUGCUCUCCCUCCAUCAUCCCCCUCCCCUGCUCUUCCUCCAUCAUCUCCCUCCCCUGCUCUCCCUCCAUCAUCUCCCUCCCCUGCUCUCCCUCCAUCAUCUCCCUCCCCUGCUCUCCCUCCAUCAUCUCCCUCUCCUGCUCUCCCUCCAUCAUCUCCCUCCCCUGCUCUCCCUCCAUCAUCUCCCUCCCCUGCUCUCCCUCCAUCAUCUCCCUCUCCUGCUCUCCCUCCAUCAUCUCCUUUCCACCUCUCACAAACCGCCCAGCCACCAUCCCCCUCUCUCGCCUCCCAUCCCUCCUCCCCCCGUCUUUCCCUUCCACGCUCUUCUCCCACCGCUUCCCUUUCUCCUCUUGCACCUCAUCCACCUCCUCUUCCUCCUCUCUGCUCGUCCCCUCCUCCCACUCACUCCACCACUGCCACCAAACCCCCUGCGUGUCCCUGCACGAGCAUUCAAGUGAGGGUGGCGGAUUUCGGGCUGGCAGCAACGCUGUCGCGCGGGCAGACAGCGGCAUGUGGGGUGGUGGGCUCGCCCUUCUACAUGGCUCCUGAGAUCAUCCGGGGGAGGCCCUAUGCGGGGGAGGUCGACAUGUGGAGCCUCGGCUGCGUUCUCUACACCUGCCUGUCGGGUACUGUGCCGUUCCACGGGAGGAGACACCGUGAGGAAGCAGUGGUGGCAGCGGUGGCAGCGGAGGCAGCAGAGGCAGAAGUGGUGGCAGGAGGAUGCAAGGCCGUAGUGGAGGUUACUACCUCUCUUACGACGAACGGUCACAAGAAGUGUCAUUUUGUCGCAACUGAUUUAUUCAACAAUGAAAGGCUGGAAGAGUCUGUGCCGGCUGCUCUCAAUGUCGAGAUUCCAACAGUGGUCAAAACGGAAUAUCGGAUUCUCGGCUUGGUGGGGGAAGACAGAGUGUCCCUUAUGAACGAUGCGGGCGACACGAGGGAUGAUCUUCGCCUUCCCACCCACGAGCCUCUCCGCUCACAGGUACUUGCAGAUUACGACCAGCUGUGCAGAAGACAAGGAGCUCAUCGCUAUUGUAUUCAGCGCUUUGGAUCAGGAGCAGAUUUGCGAGGUUAA